AUGAUCAAAGUUGCUAGAUAUCCUAUAAAUAGAAAUAAACUUCUUCUAGUCUACAACACAAUAUGGGAAUACGGAUUCUUCCCCAACCAAUGGCGCAAAGCAAUCAUUAUCCCAAUACCCAAACCAGAUAAAAACAAAUUCCACGCAGAAAACUACCGUCCCAUCUCUCUAAUUAGCACACUAUGUAAAGUACUCGAAAAAAUAAUUAACUCAAGACUCAUAUGGCACUUAGAAGUCUCUGAAAAAUUCAAUAAAGAGCAAUGUGGAUUCCGGAAAAAUCACUCCACACUCAACACUUUAUCCAAUAUUCACUCCCAUAUAUGUAACGCAGCCAAAGUAAACCAACACACAAUCCUAGUAGCGCUUGACUUAACAAAAGCAUAUGAUAUGGUUUGGAGACAAAGAGUUACCCUUAUCCUACGUGAAUGGAACAUCUCAGGAAACAUGAUUACAUUCAUCACUAAUUUCUUACAGGACAGAUCAUUCCAAACAAAAAUUGGUGAAACACUAUCAACAACUCAUACCACUGAAAAUGGAGUCCCCCAGGGCUCAGUCAUCAGUGUCACCCUGUUCUUAAUCGCAAUAAAUAAUAUAUUUGACAAUAUUCUUCCCCCUAUAAAGUAUUCCAUCUUUGCGGAUGAUUGUAACAUUUUUUGUAGUGGCGCGAACAUAAAAACAACAGUCGAACUCAUUCAGCAAGCCCUAAAUGAACUCCUCAAGUGGUCAACCACAACAGGUUUCAAUUUCUCACCAUCCAAAACACAAAGUAUCAUCUUCCACAAAAAACAUAAAAUAAAAAUACUAGGUAUGACUUUCGAUCACAAAUUAAAUUGGAACCCACACCUAAAAAACCUCAAAAUAAAUGCAAACAACAACAUGAAAAUUAUGAAAACCUUAUCUCACCACUCUUGGGGCUCUGAUAAAAAUAGCCUCAUUACUAUAUAUAAAGCAAUUAUACUAGCAAAAAUGGAAUACGGUGCAGUCAUUUAUAAUACUGCCAGAAGCGAAAUUCUUGAUAUACUAAAUCCUAUACACAAUCAAGGCAUUAGACUAGCCACAGGUGCCUUCCGCACAAGCCCAACUGCAAGUAUUAUGUGCAACGCUGGAGAACUCCCACUUGAAUUUAGAAGGAUAAAAGAAACACUAAAAUUUGUAACUAAAUUCUCAAAUAACAAAACUCAAGUUCCAACCAGAAGACCUCUGAAUAUACGUAACAGUCCAAACAUACCUCGCACUAUCGACGACACGUAUAAGACCAUAGCAGAUAUAAUGAAGUUCAAACCAAUUAUGUUUAACAAAAUUAUCUUCCCGUCUUCCCCUCCGUGGAUGUGGAAUAUUAAGCUCAAUACCCAACUUCUCGAAUUCGACAAAAAAAUUUCCUCAACCUCAACCAUAAUAAAUAACUUUUCAGAAAUAAUUGAAGUAAAAUUCCCCCACCACAUAAAAAUCUUUACGGACGCCUCAAAAUCCCCCAAUGGAACCGGUUUCGCAUUCAUAGAAAAUAACAAAACUUCAAUGUUCAAAUCUCCUCACGAAACCAGCAUUUUUUCCGCUGAAAGUCAAGUCAUCCAAAAUGCAAUCUCACACGCGACGACCUUAGUGUCUGAAGAAAUUCUUAUAAUUAGUGACUCCCUUAGUGCACUACUAGCCCUCGAAAAUCCUUACCCCAAAAAUGAAAUAAUUCAAUCCAUCCAAGAAAAGUUAUCAAACACAACAAAAAAAAUCGAAUUUCUAUGGGUCCCCUCCCACACUGGCAUAAGUGGCAAUGAACUAGCUGAUAAGGCAGCCAACGAAGCAAUAGCAUCACCCAGCUCGGUACUAAUAAAUAAAAUAACAUUUCAAGACGCACUCACAAAAAUAAAUAAACUAACAAAAAGUCACUGGCAAGACUCGUGGGAGAAGACUCCACACACAAAUAAAUUAAAAGAAAUUAAACCUUUAAUCGACCCAUGGAAAACUCCCCCAUCCUCGUCCAGGCACGAAGAAGUAGUUACCACAAGAACCCGGAUUGGACACUCUCGCCUAACACACCUGCACCUCAUAACAAAAGAAGACAGCCCGACCUGCGAACUCUGUGACAAAGCGCUGACAAUCAAGCACAUCACACUAGAAUGUCCCAAGUUCACCAACUCCAGACAAAUUCUUGGAAACCCAUCAACUAUGCAACAAGCACUUGGGAUAUCAUUUGAUAACCCAGCUACUUCAAGGAGUAAAAAAUAUAACUAUCCACCUGAAUCAUCCCACCACAAAUGUCAACUCUAG